UCAAGUUAUUUAUAUCUUAAUUUAAAAUUUUAAAAUAUAUAUUUUUCUUUUAAAAAAAAAAAUCAUACUAAUAAUAAUAAUAAUAAUAAUGAUGGAAGUAACAACUGAUCAAGAAGCGCAGGCAGUUCUUCUUAACGGUAUGGAAGCCACACAAUAUAUUACAAUUCAGCGUGGUGAUAAUGAAUCAAUAAAUAAAGUACCAUUAAUAACACUUAAUGGUGAAUUAAUAUCAGAAGGAAUGGUUGUUGAUAUGAUAAAUGCUGGAGUAGGUACUGAAUUUAAUUCCGCUGCUCAAUAUUAUGAAGAUGAUCUUCUACCACACGAAUUAACUGAGGAGGACCGCAAAUUAGCAGCCGCUUUAGUGGCAGUUCAACUUCAGCAGCAGCAAAAGCAUCAGCAAAUGCAUAAUCAAACGCAGCACGAUGAUCCGGCUUUACCAGAUGUCAGUCAAUUAGCAACAUUAUCACCUGUUAAUGCUUAUACCAUCCAGACAAUUGUUGAGCCUGAACCGUCAUCUAUUUAUUCAGCAAUCCAGUCGUUUAAGCGUGUAAAUCAUCACGUUAAACAGGAGUUUAUAAAUGUUAAAAGUGAAUAUGAUAUUGAUAUAUCAGCUGACAGUAGCGAGGAUGCUACAACGCCUAUAUCUGGACCUAAACGAUCGUUGCCUCAUAAAAAGCGGAUUGCGAGAAAAUUGAAACAACAGAACAAAACGAAUUUAAAACGAAAUUCUGGAAAAAAUAAUCAGGAUGUUAUUGUUUAUAAUAAUGCUAAUGAAGGUCUAACCCCGUCAUUUAAAUGUGAAUUAUGCAAUAGUAAAUUUAAUACACAAUUAAAAUUUUUUGAACAUCUUAAGAAUCAUUAUGAACCAGUAAAACAAGAAUCAAGGAUAGUACAAACAACCAAUACUAGCAGUAUAACAAUUUCCGCACCAGAAACUGUUCAAAAUUUAGCCAAUACUGGUAUCGAAGAAUUUAGCGAGCCCGAAGACUUAAUGGAGGGGAUUAGAGGAGUUGUCAAUUCUUUUCAACACUUUUUAGUUGAAGAGACCGGAGCACGCAUUGAUGAUGAUUCAGAAAUAAAUCCACUUGCAGAAGUUAAUCACAGCUCAGCUCUUUGGUCCAUAUCUUCGAAUAAUACUGACCCAAUAGCUCAUAAUUUAAAUGAAUCAUCGAUAGUUGAUGAUCAAGACUCAUCCGAUAAAUUUGAUACUGAAACUAGUAGCCCUAAAAAAAAGAAGACUAGCAAAACGCGCAAAGCACAAAAUAGUGAAAUGACAUGCCCACAAUGCGGUAGGACGUUUCACCAUAAAAACAGUCUUGUUUAUCAUAUGAGAUCUCAUAGCGGUGAACGUCCACAUCAGUGUGAAAUUUGUGGCAAAAGCUUUUUUGCUGCUAGUGCUUUAAAAGUUCACAAACGCUUACAUAGCGGAGAUAAGCCAUAUAAAUGUGAAGACUGUGGUCGUCAUUUUCGGCAAUGGGGAGAUUUAAAGUACCAUUCAAUGAGCAUUCAUUCGGAACAACGGCAAUUUCAAUGCGAAUAUUGUGGGAAAGAUUUUGCUCGUAAAUACUCAUUAAUAGUUCAUCGUCGAAUCCAUACAGGGGAAAAAAAUUAUCGCUGUGAAUAUUGUAAUAAAACAUUCCGGGCAAGUAGUUAUCUUCAAAAUCAUCGUCGUAUUCAUACAGGAGAAAAACCCCACCCUUGUACUGUUUGUGGAAAACCUUUUCGCGUGCGAAGCGACAUGAAACGACAUAUGCACACUCACACAAGAGGCCGAUCAGAACGGCCAGCUAAUCGUACCAUUACAGGUAAAAUAGUUAAUGAAAAAGAUAAAAAUGGGGUUCAAUCAAGAUCAUUAAUUCAAGAUCUUGUUCAAGAAUUAAAACUUGAGUCACCGAAUAGUAUCGUUGAAAUCGUCCCGCCAGAUGAUAAUCCUGAAAGUAUUUUGCCUCAUGAAGGUGGAUCUCAGAGUUUAGACUACAAUGUUACUGAUUCCACUGAUGCUAACUCUGAUCGUGAUCCACUUGAAGCUGUUGACAGAACAUCCGAUACUUUACAAUAUUUUUUUAUGUAAACGAACGUGCAGCAAGUAAUUCAAGUUAUAAAUGACUGUAAAAAAAAAAUGAAAUUAAAAUUUACGCAAUAUAGUGUAAAAUUAUUUCAUUAAAGUUAAAAAUUUAAACAUUUUGUACAUACUUGUAAGGAAAAUAUGACUGAAGAAUGUUUAAUGUUUAAACUCUUUUCAUAGAAUGGCUUAAUAAAUAUUAUUAUUAUUAUUA